AUUGCGCCCAAUAUUGCGCCUAUGCGAAAUGUCAUUGCCCCCAUUUUGUUAUCUGUCAGCACCGUGUCAGCUGUUUGACGCCAUUUUUUUUGUGUUUGACAUUACAGUGGAGCUGCCACAGAAAUUUUGUGGAACCGAAAAAGAAAUCGGCCAUCAUCUUGAUAAUCCGCCAAGAUUAUUUCGUAAUUCAAGAUGACGACGGGAAUGCCGGAAUUGGGGUCCAAAAUCAGUCUAAUCUCAAAGGCAGAUAUUCGCUACGAAGGCCGAUUAUUUACUGUUGACCCUCAAGAAUGCACAAUAGCUUUGGCAUCCGUACGUUCUUUUGGUACCGAAGAGCGUGACACCCAGUUCCCAGUCCCAGCUCAGAACCAAGUCUACGACUACAUCCUUUUUAGAGGUUCAGACAUCAAGGACAUUCGUGUAGUCAACAGCGUACCCCAUCCUCAGCCCCUCAAUGAUCCGGCUAUUAUGCAACUAUCAGUGCCCCCAACUCUGGGCGGGCAACAGUAUCAACAACAUCCUAUUCUGGGCCAUAUGGGACACAAUCCUUAUGGAUCGUUUAUGCCGCUGGGUGGACUAACAGCCAGUGCCAGCACGGGCCUUCAGACUGGCAUCAGUAGGGCAGGUUCCACUUCCGGCGGUGCUUCGAAGCCAAAUUUCAUUGGAGGGGGCGCAAGCCGGAGUACCACCCCUGCUUCCAUGGGGUCCCGUAGGUCCAUGUCAAUUGACCAGGGUACUCAAGCGGGUGGAAAUCCAAGGGAUAAGAGGCAAGUUAAACCAAUCCAGCCACCCAGGGGUCAACACCAGCAAAGGGUGAGAUCAAAUGAAAGGAGGGAUUCUCAAAACAGGAAUGCAGAUAAUCAGGAUCAAGCAUUACAAUACCACCACAACCAAGGACGUGUACAAAAUCGAGGAAGACCCCAAUAUCAACAUAAUCAAGGCUACCAGCAUCCAAAUAACCAAGGUUAUCAGCAGCACCAAAACAAUCAGAGCUAUCAUCAUCAGAACAAUCAGGGUGGCUACCAGCAGUACAAUAGAGGAGGAUGGAACCAGCAACGCGGUAUCGCCAGAGGCAGAGGGCGAGGAAAAGGGGCACCUUUCAGGCCGGGAGGCGCUACCCCAGGCCAACAAGGUGGUCAACAAGGGAACAAGAAAACGCUCAAGUUUGAUAGCGAAUACGAUUUUGAACAGGCCAAUACUGAGUUUGAAGAGCUCAGGUGUAAAUUAGCUAAAGUUAAACUGGAUGAGGCUACUGGAGGCGAUGCCGCUGCUCCUGCUACCAAGCCAGAGGUUAAUGGAGAUGUGCCAGUGGAAUCUGAGAAGAAGGAGAAAGACGAUUCUGGAAACGAAACUGGAGCUGGUGAGACUGAACAAGAAGAAGAUCAGGAAGUAUUUUAUGACAAAUCUAAGUCAUUCUUUGACAAGAUCUCCUGCGAAGCUGUGGAAAGAGCGAAAGGCAAGAUGCAAAGGACGGAUUGGCGUCAAGAACGAAAAUUAAAUUCCGAAACCUUUGGCGUUGCAGCUACGAGGAGAGGAAGCUAUCGUGGGCGUGGAGGUUUUAGAGGUGGUUUCCGUGGCAGUUACUACCGUGGGGGCUACAACAAGUACCCACAGCAACAACAACAACGCAGAAACAAUGAGCAACAACAGAAUAACCAACACAAUCAACAAGCAAAAGAUGUCAUAGUCUAUAACCCUCUUACCUCUGAAGAGGCCAUUGCUAAAAAGCAAGAAGAAACCAAAACAGUACAGGAAGAAACGAAUGUUCAAAAUGAAAAGCUUGGCCUGCUCGAAAAAUUAUCCGAACAAGAGUCAGAUGAUCCUCUGGAUGCUAAAAAGUUGAAGGAAAACGAAAAUAUCGUGGAUGCUCCUGCCUGUGUGGGCCAGUGAGACAAUGAUCUGACAAACCCAAAACCGCCACACUGACACAGGAGUCUGGACAAGAAAAAACUGACUGAUCGACGAUGUAAUUUAAACAAAAAAAAGAGUGGAAUCGGAUUGCAUGUGUAUGUACCAGUUGUCUGUGAUUAAUUAUAAUUAAAAAUUGAUUAUGGGACUGAGUGGUGUAAUUUUAGAAACGUCGACUAAGUCGUCUAAUAAUUUGUGCUUACUAAAAACACACACACUUCCUGGUGUCAGUAUUAACUCAUAGUUUGUAUGUAAGUGAUAAAUAUUUUUAUUUUAAUAAUGAUAAAUUAAAAUCCGGGGAGCGGAUUUAGUCUUAGUGUAUAUUUUUUACUGCCCAUUUAGGAUAAAAUUACUGUUUUUUUUUCACAAAUUUGGUAGCUGUAUAGAUCUGUUAGAACUUUUUUUUUCUUGGGGGGCAAGAGGUAUCAACUUUUUUUUUUGGUUUAUUUUCUAUGAGAAUUCAGUGCAAGAUUUUUAGUUUCUACUAUUUGGGUUCUAACUAGACGCAGUAAUUCUAUUGUAAUUUAUUGAAAAUUAUUAUUGUUAAAGAACACUAAGUGGACUUUGUAAGUGAAGAAAUUAUUUGAAAGCAU